AUGAGUUUUGACACUCUCAAUGCUCCUGAGUAUGAUUACAUCUACUUAGUAGAUGUUGUUGGAUAUCUUGCUGGAAUUGAGAGUAAGAAGACUCUUGAAAAGAAUAACAAAUCAACCAACUUUGUAAGAUUUGAAGAACCUAGGGAUAAUAUCGGCGCAAUUCCAAAUGAGGUUGCAUUCUUAAAAAUUUAUCAAGGCAAAAUCAUUGAGCACUUAAAAGAAUUAGAUACGAUACUCCAGACUGGUGGUGCGAUCAAUGUGAAUGCAACAGGUCCACAUAUACUUUUACAAAAACUUUCAAAUGUUCAAUCUCCCCUCAACGCUUCUUUCCACUACGAAGCUGUUUCAUCUCUCGAUCACUUCCACCCUAAGGGCAUUUUCUUACCUUCUCCUAUUCUCGCCAUCCUCUUGCGCCAUUGCUCCGCCUCCAAAUCCUACCGUGAAGGCAAAUUGGUCCAUUUGCAUCUCAAGCUCACCGGUUUCAAACGCCCCACUACGUAUUUGGCCAACCAUUUGAUUUGUAUGUACUUUAGUUGCGGUGAUUUUGUUAGUGCCCGCAAGUUGUUCGACAAAAUAGAGGCUAAAAAUUUAUACUCUUGGAAAAAUAUGAUUUCUGGGUAUGUGAAAUUGGGCAUGAUGAAGCAGGCUCGAGAUGUGUUUGAUAGAAUGCCUGAGAGGGAUUUCGUAUCGUGGAAUACGAUGAUUGUUGGGUAUACGCGUAAUGGGGUGUUUAGUGAGGCUUUGAGGUUUUACAGGGAGUUGAGGAGAUUGUGUAUUGGGUAUAAUGGGUUUAGUUUUGCAAGUGUGUUGAUUGUUUGUGUGAAGAUGAAGGACUUUGAGCUUUCUAGGCAGGUUCAUGCGCAGGUUUUGGUUGUUGGAUUUUUGACCAAUAAAGGAGAUUUAUCGGAUACACCUACACUUUUACUCAACCUAAUUGAUAAGAGCUUCCUCUUUAUCGUUAAAGUUCAAAUAUUUGAUAAUCCACGUUUUUCAUCUUCUUAUAAAGUUAAGAAGAUGACUGAUAAUGUGGAUCUCAUAAAUAAAUUAAAAAAGGCUCACCCUAUUCAAAUUAAUGUUGACUAUACCAGUGGUUUGCUUCCAACUUCAAAGGCAUCCUCAAUCAUUGAAGGGGAGAAAGUAGAAGAUCAAGAUGAAGGUAAAAUGAAGAGAUUUGCUAAUUGGAUACUUGAUGUUAGAAAUGGAAAUAUUGGUUCUAUUGUUGGUGAUGAAUCAGAAAUUAAAAUUUCAGAUAAUCUAUUGAUUACAACUACUGAUGACCCUCUCUCUCAUUUGAGUAGGACAAUUCUUGAACCCACGUUUGAGAGUGUCGAGAAGGUAAACGAUUUUGUCUUGACAAUCUUUCCAUGGAUGGAAAAGGAGUAUUUGAGUUCUGACACAAUAUGUCAAGCUGAUGAGAAUGAAGAUGUACAAUAA